CUCCGAUUACCUCCUCCCUUUUCCGAUCAGCUUCUUCCUCUCCGGAUUAUCUCCUGCCUUUUUGCGGCCACAUCUCCUUCUUCUCCCGCUCACAGAUCUCCCCUUCUCCUCCGAUUUUCCUCUCCCUUAAAUCCUCAAUCUUUCAUCUCUGAUUCCAUUCCAGAACCACAGAUUUCCGUGACAACGAUCUGGCUUCAGCUUAUCCUUCCGUUUUCCGAUUCCGAUCCAGUGACACUUCUGCAGUUCGCUUGGAUCUCAUCAGUUCCGGUACUCGGUUCCAGCUUUGGUGUGCUUUAUCCCGACGAUUUCAGUGACCUCAAGUCUUCUUCGGUUGGGGAUUUCUUGUCUCAUUGAUUGAGAAGCCUUUCUGAAUCUUGCUUAUAACCAGAAAGGAUGGACUGCUCCUUGGAGCUGCCAGAUGUAAUCAUUCACAAAAUCAUGGAUUACCUCCCCACAAAAGCUGUUGUUCGAAGCUGUGUCCUACUGUCCUCUCCAAAACUUGGAGAAGAGUUAUCUUUGCACAGAGUUGAAAUAGUACUUGGUGAUGUUCAAGAUAUUGAUGUUCUUGAUUUUGAGAUGCUUUCUGAACUAGCACCUGGAUGGAUGAAAUUGGCAUUAGAUGUUGGGGUGAAGGUGUUAGCUGUCUACAUUGGCUCCAAUGAUUUUCUCCCCAUUUUGUAUUUCCCCAACUGCUCUUCCAAAGCAUUAACCUGCUUGAAAGUUGCUGGUUUUAUUUUUGACCAAUCAUUCUCAUCUAUACUUGGAAAUUUUGAAUCACUUGGAGAGCUAAUUUUGUGCAACUGUGAGAUAAAGGAUUACCCAGUUUUAGAGCUCCCAAGUUGCUUCCCUCUGCUUGAAAAUUUAGCUAUCAUUUACUGUUUUGGUUUUGAGAGUGUCAGUGUCAGUGCAUCUAACAUUCCUAGUGUGAAGAAUCUUAAAGUUUUGGCAUGGGGGUAUGAAACUCAUAGUAUAAGUAUUGAAAUUCCAGCUCCAACUCUUGAAAUUUUGUGCUUGAGAGGCAAGACAAUAAGCUUACCUGCUUUUCAUAAUCUUACUUUCUUACUGCUGUAUGACACAGAAAAGAAGAUUAGUUGCAUUGUUUCUGAACUUCCUGUGCUUGAGAAUUUGACCCUCAUCUGGUUCAAAUGUGAAGUGCUUAAGAUUUCGAGCCAACAACUCCAAAAUUUAAUUUUGUCAGACCCUGAUUAGGUUAGGAGCACUGAACUUGCAACACCAUCCUUGAAUACUUUAAUCCUUUCAUCUCACCUUUCAGGUGGUUAUCUGGAGUGGUUUCAGGUCAACAUAGUUGACUGUCAUGGUUUAAAGAACUUCUUGUUGGAUCAUAUAAAGCUUUCAAACCAAGACCUUGUUGACUUAGUUUCCAAAUUGUCAUUGCUGGAGUAUUUGUGGAUUUCUCAUUGCAUAAUGCUAGAAAGAGUGAAGAUCUCUAGUCAAAAUCUGAAGAAAAUAUGCAUAAAUGGAGAUUGGAUGGAAUCUAUGAAAGUUGAUACUCCCAACUUAUGUCCAUUUUGUUUGGUUGGUCAUUUUUCUUCAAUUGAAUGUCAGUUUGAUGUUAGAUUCAAGGAAAGAUGCACAAGUGAAUAUGCUUUUUGGGCUAGUGAGUUGAAGGAGAUGCUAUGUUACAUUUAAGUGAGUGAUGCUGCAGUUAAAGUCAUUCUUAGUUCUAUAUUAUUAAAUAAGGUUUGUGGUCGACCUGGUGGUUAUUCUUUAGAUUUUUUCGAGUAUAAUCCUGAGACCUUUUUUCAUCUCUCAGAUAAUUCAGCAAAAGCAUUGGCGGAAUCAAGUAUGUUUAUUUAUUUAUCUCUCAUAUUUCUUCAAUAGUUGAUUGCCAGUUUGGUGUUUAAACUAAUAUGAGAUCUAUGUCUGCUUGUUCAGGGUCGAGGCUAGAAUAAGCUAUAGCUAGUCAUUAAGUGGCUUUUAUAUCUGCAUGUUCAUAGGACUACGUCUUUUUUGCAUCUUCUACUUGAUUUUUAUUUAUUUAUUUAUUUAUUUAUCAUUGUGUUCUCAGUUCGUUAACAUUGCUGACUGUUUCCCAUACUUGCUCUUGCUUCACCUCUGUUUUUAGCAGAUAUGGAGACAUAUUUCUGCUGCAGAUUUUAGCUUGCUUGCACAAAUAAAAUCCAUUGUGUUUC